AUGACCCAGGGGAAGCUCUCUGUGAACAACAAACCCCCCAACUCCGAGGGGCAAGGGGAGAAGAAGGACAAUGCCACAGCUCCACCAGCUCCUCCCACCUAUGAGGAGGCCACAGCAGGAGAAGGGUUGAAGCCUGGUGCUUACCCUCCCCCUCCAUCGGUCCCACUCCAUCCCAGCUGGGCCUACGUCGACCCCAGCACGAGCCCGAGCUAUGGCAGUGGUGGGUACCCAGGGGACACGGAGAUGCUCACGGCCCUCAGCUGGGACGACAGGAACGUGCGCAGAGUGUUCAUCAGGAAGGUCUAUUCCAUCCUGCUGGUCCAGCUCUUGGUUACUGUUGUUAUUGUGGCUUUCUUCACCUUCUGUGAGCCGGUCAAGGGAUACAUUCAGACACACUCUGCCUGGUACUGGGCUUCCUAUGCUGUUUUCUUUGUGACCUACUUGAUUCUUGCUUGCUGCUCUGGACCCAGGAGGUAUUUCCCAUGGAAUCUGAUCCUGCUGAGCAUCUUUACACUCUCCAUGGCUUAUCUCACUGGUAUGCUCUCCAGCUACUACAACACCAAGUCAGUCCUCCUGUGUCUGGGGAUCACAGCCUUGGUGUGUUUCUCUGUCAUGAUCUUCAGCUUCCAGACCAAGUUUGACUUCACCUCCUGCCAGGGCGUUCUCUUCGUGAUGCUCAUGGUGCUCUUCUUUGGUGGCAUCAUCCUGGCUGUGGUACUGCCCUACCAAUAUGUCCCCUGGCUCCACGGGAUCUACGCUCUGCUUGGUGCCAUUAUCUUCACUAUGUUCCUGGCACUUGAUACCCAGAUGCUGAUGGGGAACCGUCGCUACUCGCUGAGCCCGGAGGAAUACAUCUUUGGAGCCCUCAAUAUCUAUCUGGACAUCAUCUACAUCUUCUCUUUCUUCCUGCAGUUCUUUGGCUCCAGCCAGGAGUGA